AUUGUUUUCACGAUAACGAACCAUGGAUUGAUAAGAGCACAAAACCUUAGAUUUGCACUUCCAAACAAUCAUCCAACACUUGAAUUCGUACAGACUGUUCCAACUAUUGGCGAUAUUGAAGCCAACACAACACUUAUAGUGCCAGUUAAGGUUAAUGAAAAGCCCAGACAAAAAAGAAACUUUCUUCUGUGCUUAGCCUUUGGAAUCAAAUUAUUUUGGGACUACCUUUGUGGGGUUCUUAGGACGAAUGGUCUUGAUGUCGUCUUACAGCGCCGCCAAGAUAUGUCCCGCAUUCCUCCUAAUAUAUGUGGUGGUGGUGGUUGGGGAUCAUGGCGAGGGGGAAGAGGAGGGGGAAGAGGAGGUGGUGGAUACAUAGGAGGUGGGAGAGGCCCUGGUGGAUCAUCUGUUUCAACCAGCGUACGUAACUAUGAGGCUGUGACACCAAUGUCAUGUGACUGUGCCAAGAAAUUAAUCCUUGACUGCCUCCUCCCUAUGAUACCCGGAUUUGGACCUAUAUAUUCCAUCGGACGUAGGGCAUACACAUUAGGAAACGCAAUCGGUAACAGACGUAAACGUCGUAUUAAUGACGAUGACCUUAGCUGUCAAUUGGCAGGGCCAAAAAGAAAGAUACGAUACAUUCCCAAACCGGUUGAUGCAGCUGCAUCAUUUAGUUCAAAGUAUCGCUGCCUCAAAGCUAUAGGCGAGGCUAUCGGUGAAAGUCUGGCAGGAGAAAGCCUUGGAAACAGUGCACUUAAAAUCGGGGGUGAUUGCUUACCUGGUCCCGCUGGACAGGCAGUAGGCUGUUUACAUAUCAUCGUAGCUGAAUGCCCAAAACUAAACGCUGCUGCAGCGGCAGGAAGUGGGAAUAGGAAAAGGCGUUCAACAAUACAGGAUGUGUAUAUCAACAUGGCGACAGUGAAUUCCAUAGUUUAUGACAUGUAUCAGCUAUCCUACCAUAUGUUUGGGAAUGAGGAAAUGUUUAACCUCGGUCUUGGGCUAUGGUAUCAAGAGUUUGAAGAGAGUAUAUCUGACAACAGCGAUC